AUGGAUGAAGAUGACGUCAUUCCCCCAUUUUCUCCAGACAUCUGUGAGUCCUUGGACAGUGAUGUUGUCAUCCAAAGACGGAAGACAUGUUGGACACAGCCAUCUGCAACUGUGGCUGUGCCUGGAAAAGCUCAUGUGAGAGUGAAAGGGCCAGCUGAGGUUAUCAGCAGAUAUAAAAAAGUCUUGAAAAGCUUAAGCAAAGUCCGCACCAUGACUGAAGCCUUCAGAAUUAAUGGCGUGGCCCGGGGAACCUUCAAGAUGACUGCUGCAAUUGCAGAGCUCAACACUGUAGAUCCUGAAACCUUCAAGACCCUGAAGUAUGAUCCUUCAACUGAGACCCUGCAGUCCUUUGCUAAGAGAUGUGCAACCCACAUUACCCCGGAGAAGAAGAGCAUUAUAGAGGACAUGAAGGCCAAAUGCCAACUCCUCCCCUUGUUGAUGAAAUAUUAAGACCUGAUGCAGUAAUU